ACCCGGAAUGGAGUAGAAGGAAGAUCCUGUUGCCAGAACCAACCAGAACCCUUCUCUAUUUCUUUAAAUUACUGUAAUUUAUGACGAACAUAAAACCCUAACAAGUGAAUUCAUCGUAGUAUUCCAAAUCGGGAAGGGGGAAAAAUGUUUUUUUUCUUCGUGGGUGGAUUAGAGCAACAAGUGAGGCAGGUUCUGAAAUCAGGUGCAGGGAGAUGCAUGCGUUGCGGCUCAAAGGCUGAUCUGGUUGAAUACGACAAUGUCCUCAAGCUUUUCUUUGUUCCAGUCUGGAGAUGGCCUGGAAAAAACUCUCUCUACUACUGCAACAAUUGUGCUCUCUUCUUCCCCCACUCUCUCUCUCGUCCUCCUAAUUCGGAGUUUGACACGCUGCCGUCACCUGCUGCUUCUGGAGAUCUGCGAUGCCGUUUCUGUGACCGGCCUGUCGAGUGCGACUUCUCCUUCUGCCCCUUUUGUGGCUCUGCCUUGUAAAUCAUCUCAUCUCUAGUUACUUUGUAAAACUUUCUUCUGUUCUUAAUAAAUUUCUUUUUUACUUUUUGAUAAUUCGAGUAAA